UCAUGAACGAAAGGUGUGUGAUAAAUCGAGGUGACAUCAAGCUUCUCGUGGUAAAACUGGUCAUCAGCAAGUAGAUAAAUCGAUUGCAAUUAGAGUUCAAGUAAAAUAUAAAUUUAUCACUAGUGAUUGUGAAAAGUGCGAAUAAUUAGUUUUUCGUAUCUUAUGAAGAGCAGUACUCGAUAAGGACUAAAAAUGUCGGAUCACUUUGGGCCAAUAACAUUAAAAUGGGAUCCCAAGAAUUUGGAGAUUCGAACAAUGUCUGUAGAAAAAACGUUGGAGCCAUUAGUUCUGCAAGUAACUACUUUAGUUAAUACCAAAGGUCCAAGCAAAAAGAAGAAAGGCAAAUCUAAACGUGCCAGUGCCUUGGUUGGAACAGUUGAAAAGGCUACAACUAACUUCAUUGAAAAGGGAGAGCAGAUAGCAUAUGAAAAUCCUGAUAUUACGGCUGAAAUGCUUAGUGCCGUUGAAGAAGUGAGAAAAACAGGAGCUGCGAUGAGCAUUGCUGCUCGGGAGUUUUCAGAAGAUCCUUGUUCUUCGCUGAAGCGAGGUAACAUGGUACGUGCAGCAAGGAAUCUUCUAUCUGCUGUCACACGUCUUCUAAUAUUGGCAGACAUGGUUGAUGUGCAUUUGCUUUUAAAAUCUCUGCAUGUGGUUGAAGACGAUUUAGAGAAGUUGAAAAAUGCUUCUUCCCAAGGCGAGCUAUUGGAGAAUAUCAAGCAGUUUGGCAGAAAUGCUUCAGAGCUUAUGAAUCAAGCAGCUAAACGUCAGCAAGAACUUAAAGAUCCCCAACUUCGUGAUGACUUAGCAGCUGCCAGGGCUGUUCUCAAGAAACAUUCAACGAUGCUUUUAACAGCUUCUAAAGUCUACGUUCGACACCCAGAACUAGCUGCUGCUAAAGCUAACAGAGAUUACGUUUUGAAACAAGUCUGCGAGGCUGUUAAUACUAUAAAUGAUGUAGCACAGGGGAAAACACCAACAGAUGGCCAGCAUCCGUAUGAUGGACCAGGAGAGUUGGCUGCAGCUCUUGAUGAUUUUGAUGAAAGAAUGGCAAUGUCACCCCUGGCUUAUAACGAAGUACGCACUCGUCCCAGUCUGGAGGAAAGGUUGGAAAGCAUUAUUAGUGGAGCUGCACUCAUGGCUGAUUCUUCAUGUACAAGAGAUGAGCGCAGGGAACGGAUUGUUGCUGAGUGCAACGCAGUUAGACAAGCACUGCAAGAUCUACUCAGCGAAUACAUGAACAACUUACAGCUCGCUCGGGGUGGGAAACGGAUGGGCGUAAAAGAACAAACCGAAGGCUUGGAACGAGCAAUAGAUCACAUGUGUAGAAAGACACGUGACUUGCGCCGGCAGCUACGUAAAGCUGUUGUUGAUCACGUGUCAGACAGUUUCCUUGAGACAAGUGUUCCACUGCUUGUUCUUAUCGAAGCUGCUAGGAAUGGAAGAGACAAAGAAGUCGAAGAAUACGCUUUAGUUUUCACCGAGCAUGCCAAUAAACUUGUUGAGGUAGCAAACUUGGUCUGUAGUAUGUCUGGAAAUGAAGAUGGAGUAAAAAUGGUUCGUUAUGCAGCAGCGCAGAUUGAGAAUCUGUGUCCUCAAGUAAUAAAUGCUGCACGUGUAUUGGCUGCUCGUCCUCGUUCUAAAGUAGCACUUGAUAAUAUGGAAGUGUUUCGCCAAGCUUGGGAAAAUCAAGUUCGCGUUCUUACUGAAGCUGUCGAUGACAUAACUACGAUCGAUGACUUCUUGGCAGUUUCUGAAAAUCACAUCCUGGAAGAUGUCAAUAAAUGUGUGUUAGCUUUGCAAGAAGGUGAUGCAGAUACUUUAGAUAGAACUGCUGGAGCUAUCAGGGGGAGAUCUGCCAGAGUUUGCAACGUCGUUCAAGCUGAGAUGGAUAAUUACGAGCCGUGCAUUUAUACCAAGAGAGUUCUCGAAGCUGUUAAAGUUUUGCGAGAACAGGUUAUGCCAAAGUUUGCACAAAGAGUAGAAGUUGCAGUUGAUGCUUUAGGAAGUAACCCGGCUAAAGAUGUUGAUGAAAAUGAUUUUAUUGAUGCAUCUAGACUAGUUUACGAUGGAGUGCGGGAAAUCAGACGUGCUGUGUUGAUGAAUCGAGCUGACGAAGAUCUAGAUCCAGAAGAUGUAGAACUUGAUGAACAUUACACUUUAGAAACUCGAAGUAAAUCGAGUGCUCAAACCGGAGAACAUGGUGUAGAUGAGUAUCCCGAUAUCAGUGGUAUCACCACUGCCCGAGAGGCUAUGCGUAAAAUGACUGAAGAAGAUAAACAGAAGAUUCUCCAGCAAGUGGAAUUUUUCAAGAGUGAAAAAUUAAAGUUUGACAGGGAAGUUGCCAAAUGGGAUGACGCCGGGAAUGAUAUAAUUGUUCUCGCAAAACACAUGUGUAUGAUUAUGAUGGAAAUGACAGAUUUCACACGAGGACGUGGUCCGUUGAAAACUACAAUGGACGUGAUAAAUGCAGCAAAGAAAAUUUCAGAGGCAGGAACAAAAUUGGAUAAAUUAACCAGACAGAUAGCAGAUCAAUGUCCAGAGAGUUCAACUAAAAAAGAUCUGCUCGCUUAUUUACAACGGAUCGCACUUUACUGUCAUCAAAUGAAUAUUACAAGCAAAGUGAAAGCUGAUGUACAGAACAUCAGUGGAGAAUUGAUCGUUUCUGGUUUAGACAGCGCAACGUCGCUUAUUCAAGCAGCAAAGAAUUUGAUGAAUGCCGUUGUCCUCACCGUGAAAGCCUCCUAUGUUGCGUCUACUAAAUAUCCCAGACAAUCUACUGUUACGACAAUCGAAGACAAUGGGAAAGAGAUACGAUGGCCACAAAAGCCGACCGCGCUGUACCUACCUGUAUCCCACAGCCUGUCCAUUCUCUACUCUGUUUAUUUGUCUCCUAUCGUCGUAUGGAAGAUGAAGGCACCAGAGAAAAAACCUUUAGUUCGUCCAGAGCGACCGGAAGAAGUUAGGGCCAAAGUAAGAAAAGGAUCCCAGAAGAAAGUUCAAAAUCCCAUUCAUGCUCUUUCUGAAUUCCAGAGCCCGACCGAGAGUGUUUAGAUUAUAAUUUAUUAAUGAUUGAGUAAAGAAAAAAAGCGUAACCAAGAGAUGAAUGUUUAGUUUGACAUUUUUAUUUAAGAGGGAACACAAAUAUUUUAGUACUAAUAAAGAAGAAUGAAUUUUGGAUACCACACGCGUGCUGGUAAAUAAUAAGAGAUAGUUUGGUUGUUCCAUCUGGUACAUGGUUUUCAUUAAUUCAUGCUAAAGUGUUGAAGAAUUCAAUCUGAGCAAAAAUAUUUUUAAAUUAUUAAUAACAAAGAUUUUUUCAACCCAUGUUGAAGAAAAAGAAAAAUUGGAACUAACUAUAUCAUUUUAAUAAAGCCAACAUGAUAAAUUGUUGAUUUAUAUUACCAAGUAGAAUAUGUAUUUAAAUAUUGGAUGCUCUUUCAAUACUUCGAAUAACAAUAUUUUAUACUUGCUUUGGGAUGUGAUGAUUUUCGAAGAAUCAAUAUUCCUACUAAUAUUUUACAGAUAAAGUAACUUAUUUAAGUAACGAAAUACAUUCACAAGAUGAAUAAUAAGUAGUAUGUACUAAUAACUAUACUCAGGACUGAAAUUUACUUGCUUUGGAAUGACAUUUCGAGAAUUUAUAACUAUUUGUUAUUUCAUACGCCAAAACUUUUGCGAAAACAGCGUAAUAGUAAAUUUCAAAAAUACUUUUCAAUUUCGAAACCAAUGUCACACAAGAUAUAACAUAACUUGUGAUCUAAUAAAAUCACUCAUCAGUAUUUCCAGAUGAUUAUACUCCUAUAUCAUAGAUUAUCUCUACCUUUUCUAAUGACAUAUAUUUCAAAAAAUGAAACUAAAGACAUUUUUCGCCACAGCGUGAUACUUGUGGUUGUUUUUUUAUUAUUAUUAUUAUUAUUAUUAUUAUUUUUUAAUAAUAUUUUUGUGUCUCUUUCCUAUAAACAAUUGAAAUAAAAAUGCCAUUCUCAAAAUAAGCUUCAAUAAGUUUUAUUAUCGAUUUGGUUAGCCAAAAAAUUCUUUCCAUAAACAACGGGUAUGUCUCAGACCACACUAUAUCAUCUAGUAUUAAAUAUACUCCUGACAUAAAGGUUAUUUAAGCUCUUACAGGUAGGGUUUUGUAAGAAUAAUUUAGAAGGGGAAAUUCUUUCUCUUAACUUGUAAACUCCUUUGCAGCGAAAAAGUUGCGAUACUUACUGCGCAAAUUUAUCCCUCAUAUUUUAGAUUUUGCGUGUCAAGAUCUGGUACUUCCUUGAAUUCAUUUUUAUUGCUAUUCCAAUUUGCUAACGCCUCAAAACAAUAUAGACGGAGUGGAAAACGUCAGAAUAGAUUUGUUGAAACAAGAAAGUGUGCACAAUAAGUCGUGAAUAUAGUUUUUCAAAUACAAAACAAAACGUGAUAUUCACAGUCGUAAUUGUCUAGUGUGUAACAGAUUGAAAAUAGCAAAGUUCGAAAAUCCUCAUUUCUUUGAAUAGUUUGUGUUAUGUUGAAUAAAUUAGUUUGCACUCAUAAACUUGGGUUUUAUACGUAUAGUAUUACAUAUUCCGUACAUAUGAUAUCACUUUGAGAGCAGUAUUGCAUCCCAUUUAUGAGACUGCUGAUUCAGUAAUUGUAUAUAAGUGAAUGUGAGUUUAUAUUUAUGGGUAAAGAUUAAUUAUUUACAAAUUAUUUUAUAUUAAAUAUAAGGAAUUAUUUUAACCUGAACAAAAAAUGAAUCCAACUUUACGUAAUCAAUAUUGGUCGGUAUAGCACUAAUUGCGGCACAUACUAUUGUUUUUGGGAUAGAUAUAGCUCGUCAUACAUAGCUCGCCAGGGUUCUGGUACGGAUUUAGGUAGAGUUGUCCAGAAUUAUCAUUUACUGUUGUGGUGUGACUUCGAUUACACACAAAUCGUUUACAGUAAUUCAGUACCCAGUCUGGCAAACUGCUUUGUCCACUCUAUACAUGACUUCAGUUUGUUUUUGCAAUUUCGCAGAAUGGUUUAUAAUAGCUAAGUACCCCAGUGUUUUGUUGGUCAUACACAAUAUUAAGCAAAGUAUCGUGUAUAAAAACCACUAUGGGCAUAUUGCAGUAAAGUUUGAAUACAUUAUUGAAUAUACUAUUUCACGUAAUGCACAGUAUUUUACAGUACAAUAAGUAAAAUUGAUCAUCCAUUCCAUGUUGUAAUGGAAACAAAGAGCUGUGGCUGCAAUUUCGUUUUCUUUCAAAACGUAGCUGUGAGUUAAAUGUACUAUCAUAUAUGGACUCAGAUUUGUUGAACCUUUUUCGUAUUUUUUUUUUACUUUUAGCAACUAUCUACAUACCUACUAUAUAUUCGAUUGUAACAAAAAUUGGAUUCUAUAAUAAAUUUUUACAUAACAUAUCAAGUCUUUCGUAAUACCAAAUCUGAAUACACAGAAUGGAACGCAGUGAUUUAUCCCCUAAUUGAAUUCAUCGAACAGUUGUUAUAAUGAAAUUAUAGUGACAAAUAGACGUUUUUUAUAGUAUUGAAAAAAGACCACAAUUCGAUAAGAGAGACAUUGAUAGAUGGACUGUAGGAGUGGAAGAGAUGCGUCUAAAAAAAUGUGCACGAUUUAAUUAUGAUUCAGCUCUAUUUUAAUACGUACAUUCAUCUGCAAUAUAUUUUAUGCUACAUGUUAAAUGCUAUGUAGAAGAAAAUAAGGGAUGCAGUGAAAAAAAAUCACAAAUGUCAAAAUCAUUGGCGAAAAAUGAAAUACAUAACUAGAUUAAUAGUAGUAAUAAUGAUAAUGAUAUGUCAAAUAAAAUGAACUAUUCCUAUACCAAUUUUACAAUUUCUUUGAUAACAAUUCAUUCACAUAAUAGUUUUGCACUCGGAUAACUGCCACAGGUAAUCGCUUAAAGCUUUUUAUUAAAUGUAUAUAUAUCGGUUAUGUAAAAAAAAAAAACUACGAUUCCAUCGAUUGAAUUGGAGUAUUUUUAUUUUCACUUUUGAUAUUUUUGUACUUUUUUUUCUUUUUUAUUAUUUUAAUAUUUUUUUUAUUACUUAUAAUUCCUAUCCUAGUCAUAAAGACACACAAAAAUCUCAUUAUUUUCACAAAGAUGCAAAAUUUAAUCGGAGCCAACAAACAAAUUGCUUUAUCCAGCAAGCCAAAAUUUCAUUACACUUCAAUGAUGUCACAAGAUUGAUGUUCCUUCAAUUUGAUAAUUACACAGUGAAAUUCUACACUUGUAGUAAAAUCUUAAACAACUCUACUUACAAGCUAAAAAUUGCUUCACUGUAGAUCUAUAUUCUUAGUUUACAACCUUCAAAGAGAUAUAUUCUUGUUAACCAUUAAUCCCACAUGAUUAUUAAAAGUUUGUAAAAAUUUUAAUAUGUUGAAAAUUUGGAUAGUACAUGCAACUGUCGUGAUACGGUAUUUUUAAUAUGAAAUUUCCUAUUGCAUAUUUGAAACAAUAACCAAGAACAGUUACAUAUUGUUAAUGUUUUCGAUCACCUAUUCCAUUCGGAUUCUUUCAUGGUAUGAAGUUUUUAAAAUCGUUUAUAAUUCAUGGUAAUUAUUGGAUCUUAGAAACUUCAGUAAGAAAUUAAUUCUCUCGAGGGAAUUUUUUUGGAAAUUCAAAAUAAGUGAUCGUAAUAUCCGAAAUCCAAUUGAAAAGCGAUUUGAUGUGACUAUAGUAUAAUGAAUAAAUGUGAUAAAUGUGAUAUCUUGUAAACGUUAUGAUUCAUGUACACAUAUUUCUCUUCUUUCAAUCACAGUCUCGCAAACGUUAUUCAAGUAACCUUAUUUCGAAGUUCAACAAUUUGGAGUGUUAUUUGAAAUUUAACUGGAAGACAACAAGUGAAAAAUAAGAGGUAGUGCCAAAGAUUAAUUAAUAAAAAAAAAUAUUCACCAUCAACAUGUAUCUGAUGUAAUAAUUUUUGUUACUUUUCGCGGCUGUUAAGUAGAUGAAUAACUAUAAUGUAAAACAAUAUUACGUAUCAGAAUUCGGGAUAAGACUUCAACAUACACCCACUCAUUACUCAACUCUAUUGAACGUUUCAAAUACCUGCAUUAGUUCAUCGUACGCUCUAUGAUGUAUGAAAUUUCGAAAUUGAAUUUUUAUUCACUCACAAAGUUGUUUUUGAAGUGAAUACAGGAUGUUUUAAAUCCUGUUAUUGACAGAGUCAAGAGGGCCCACCAAGAGUCCCUCACGUUGAAACAAUAUUUUUCUCAAAAA